AUGGCUUUUUCAGAUAAGGAAGAAAAGCUUAAAGGAAGUAAGUUACUUCAAAAUACAUCAACCAGUCGUCUCAGAUAUGAGGGUUUUUGUUCUGAAAAUUCAAUGGAAAGUCUUAACUCAGAUAUCAUAUACACAAUUCUUUCUGAUCAUGUACCAGCCAGUUCUGUCUUGAAUUGCAAAUUAGUAUGUAAAACAUGGAAAACUCUGCUCUCUGGUUACAAGGUGGGUCUAAUUUUCUUGGUCGCGUUAAGAGGGGAAACCGAUGCACAGCUCUACUAUGGAUACUACGAAGAGGUAAUGAAUGAUCAAGGUCAAUUCUCUCACGAAGUACUUACAAAGAUUAAUCUCCCUCCCAUACAGAUGGUAGAAGAUGAGCAACCGAUGAUAGUUGGCUCUUGCAACGGUUUGGUGUGUAUUUCAGUUCCGGAAAAUGAUAACCCUUUUAUUUAUGAUCCGGUUUAUAUAUGCAAUCCUACACCCGGAGAAUGCAUUAAUCUUCCAAAAUUAUCUCAAGAACAUUGUCAUAUAGUGAGUGGAUUCGGUUACCUUCCCAAAACUAACGAGUAUGAGGUUGUUAGAAUUUACUACUCAUAUGCAAACCCCAGUGGAAAGGUACAGGUUUAUACCCUUGGAAAUUGUGGCGGUGGGUGGAGAAACAUCAAAGUCAAAGAUAUCCCUAUUCAAUUCUAUAAUGUUCCCCGAGUGGCAGGAAAUGGUGUGAUCUAUUUUAUGGACACUUUAAAGUGGAGAGUUGUGACUUUCGAUUUAGCAGAUGAAAAUUUUCGACUACCUUGA